AUGGUCUCGUAUCCUGAGACGGUCGCCGGUGACCGUUCUCUUGCUCGCCGCCCAGCCUCUUCCAUCUCCACCUCGACCAGGCGACACCGCCUGCGCUCCCACACCGGCGGCUCCUCCUACCAGCCCUUGAACGAGUUCCCAGUCUUUUCGCAGACUGGUGAUGUCGAGAUUGUCAUCACCUCGAGUCCCCGCGCCGGCCGAUUGCCCGCGACCACCGCCGGCGCGUAUGCGGGCGCGAACGCGACCCCGCGCAGAGAGGAGCGAUACGUCCUGCACAGGUUGAUCCUGUCCCAAUGCAGCGGAUUCUUUGAGGCCGACACGGCCCAAGGUUGGAGCAGAACGCAGACCGACGGCAGCGCGCACCCCAGCGGCGGGGCUCUCGCUCGCCUGCCACCCACCGACGACGCGGGCCGCCGGAGACGAUGGCGCUACGAACUGGACUGGGGAGAAAACGGCGAUGAGCUGCCCAUGUUGGUGCAAAAGGAGGCCUCUCCCGCUCCCUUUGGCGGUGACCGCGCUCCUCUUCCACCGCCCAUCCACAACAAACCCACGGCGCCGAGCGCCGGCUUCUUUCGCACCAUGACCAACUUCUCGGCUCUUCACAUCACGCACACAUCCGGCGUUGCAACGCAUGGACCCGAUGACGACAUAUUCCGCGACUACGCAAACCUCUUCCGCAUAUUCUACAACUAUCCUCCCGCUCUGGACUCGGUCAACAUUGCCCAGGCGUACGUCGAGUGCAAGACGCUUCUGCAGCUUGCCGACAUGUACGACGCUCUCGAAGUCAUCGGACCCCGCGUCGACCACCACCUUCUCAGGUUCCAAGGCCGACUGUUCAAGCAAAUCGCAAAAUACCCUCAAUCGUACCUCAAGCUUGGCUACCUCGCCAGGAGCCGAGUCAUUUACAAAGAAGCUCUGAUCCACGUUGUCGGACAGUGGCCGGUCGGCGCCAAUCAAUUGCGCGGCCAGAUUGGCGAAGGCGUUAUGGAAGUAAUAGAGGACAAGGCCGACGAGCUGGAAGACCUGAAGACGAAGAUUGAAAACAAACUCUACAAACUCACCCUCACAACCACGCGCGGCGAACGCAUCACCCCCAGCAACGGAUUCCUCGACUGGAUGGCCAUGUGCCUUUUCCGACAAUGGCUCACGGAAAACACGUCACGACCGACGACAUCGAUACUGAAAGAUACAUCGGCACGACACCGCAGCAUGGUGGGCGCGCCGAGCAGCAACCGCAGCGCGACGGGCUCAGCAUCAGGUGGGCAAGACCCGCCGCCACCGCCGCCGAACACGGGCCGGAUCUUCCGACUGAUCGGACAAGGCGGCGGAGCGUAUCUGGGCCACGAUGAGCUGAAGCGCUUCCUCAAGCUGAACGCCGAGUUCUACACGCGCGACAACAUGCGCCGUUUCGAGCGGCGUGUCGAGGAGCUCAAGAACCUAGCCCAGGCCGCCGUGGCGCCCCUUAUGCGCAAUUUCCUAGAGCUCGACCUCACGCGUGACGGCGUCGGUGGUGGCGGCGCCGUCUUGCCGUAUUUGACCUGCACGAGGGUCGAUGAGGCAGAUUUCGCGUGGGAUGAGUGA